AUCCAGAAGAAUAAGGACAAUGGAUGUCCAAGUGGCCACUGACACCUCCUCCAAGCUAUGGAAUGUCAGAGAGAAAAUGAAGGAGAAAAGACGUGGAUCUCUGAAAACUGCAAAACAGAAUGCUUCUCUUGCAUCUAAAAUAAAAAAUAAAAUAAUAAACAAUUCUUCUAUCAUUAAGGUAUCUUUGCAAAAAAACAACAAAGCCUUGGCCCUUGCCCUCAAUUCUGAGAAGGUGCUCAGUCAGAGGCUUAUAGAAGAAAGGAAGCUUCUGAUGAAAGAAAUUGAGGUGGGGAUGUUUAAGAAUGCCAAGCUCCGAAGAACCAUCUCUUACACGAAUAAGAUUCUCCAAGAAUUAGAAGCUUAUAUAAGUGCUAAACUCCUGUGUGCAAUUAGAGAGAGUGAUCCCUUUACAAUUUCAGAGGAUACCAGUAUGGAAAAUUUGUUCACUGAUGAUAAUGUAGACAAGCACAGGACCAGCUCACCACAUGGGUCAACCAAGUUAUCAAUGAAGGAUCCAACUACUGAUGUGGAAAAUGGGAAACAGCCGAGUGUUGUCCUCAAAGAUCUCUUCUUUCAACAGACAAGCCCCCAGACAUAUCAUGUGGGGUUGGAGCAACCUUCAAAUUCUGAUGGAGAAAGUAAGCAAGUGAAUGCCAUAAGUAUCUUGGAAUCUGAAGUGGCUGAUGCUUUAGCUGAGAGCAAGGAUGGCAAGACUGGGAAGCCAUGCUAUGAAAACAAGUCACCACUUGGAGCAAAUGUCACACAGAGGAAGAAACGGGCCUCUUCCCUUUACCUAAAAUGUCAGACUAUAGCUGUGGACUUUGAGACAGACAUAUGCUCAAAUCGUUUUUCCCGGUGGGCCACUGGCCCUAGAAGUCCUGUGAGACAAACGAAUGGACGAGAAGCUUCCACCUUCUCAUGGCUCUUUGAUCCCCACUGUGAUUCCAACAGCAAUACCUCUCUACUGGAGGAUGCAAUGCUUUCUGGGCAGCUACCAGGGGAAAUAGUGGGUAGUAAGAAUAGGUCUUUGAGUACUAAUGGGCAGGACAGAUCAGUCACAACUUUGACAGAGGACCAAAACAAAAUCACCAGUAGUGCUGACAAAGAUGUUGCCUCACCUUUGAGAUUCGAGAAUUGUGUUUUUACAGAACAGGAGGUCCAAGACACAGCUGGAAUAUAUCCUAUUGAGAAUUCAGACAACAAUAGGAAAAAACAGUCCCAGAGCCUUAGAACACUGAGCCCAGUGGCCCAGACAUCAAGUAAAUUAGCACUGAUAUCAUCUGUGUUCCCAAUGGAGAUGGACUCUUUGGGAGAAAACCCAACCCCCACAAGCAGCAGGCCUCCUGAGGACCAGCUUUACCAAGUAAGUGACAGAAUUAGAAAAUGUAGGCAAACCUAUUCAAGGAGUGAGGUGUGUUCAGAUAGCCAAGAAAAGAUAGCAUUACCUCCCUCUGAAAAGAGAAGGAAAACGUUUUCAGAAAAACAGAUCGAGGUGGAGAACCAGAGCCCAAAUUGUGAUCCAACUUGUGGGAGGUCUGGGGUGAAACGAUCAUCUCAGAAGAAUAAGGUCACUGAUAAGCAGAUGUUCUCAAAUGAGAUAAAUAAGGAAAUAAAACAGAUAAGAAACAGGAUGUCUACUGAUUUACUCAACACUCCUAGCAAAGUAAAUGACUACAGAGAAAAAAACAGAAAAGAGUCAGAAAAGGUGGUGAUAAAUAUGGACCAGCAGAUCCCAAAUACAAUCAGUCAGGCUCCCCAGUGUUUACCUUGUGUGAGAACACUCAGUGUGGAAAUUCCGCAGAAAAUGACUGACAAGCCUUUGAAACAGGAAGUAAGCAGGAGGACCCAUGGCACUAAAGCCAGUGACUGCAGAAAGGAAAACAUGAUUCCACUGGAAUGCAACUUGAAGCAUGACUCUCAAGAACAUAUACUUAGGCACGAAACUAAAGGAAGACAAGUAAAACAGAAUAAAAACCAACCGAGGAAGGCAUGCUCACAGAAGAGUAAAAUGGAAACUUCUAACUCAGACAAUAAACAAAGCAGUGUAAAGGAUUCACCGAGCAGAAAGAAGCAAGCUCUGAAAAGUCAUGUAGGUAACUCUAGAAUUCCUAUACUGGCUUCGUGUUCUAUGGAACCAGGCCUAAAUAACAUACGCCAUGCUUCUGUUAAGAGUAUGGAGGACAUCCAAAAUAAUGUGAAUAAGAAACAGACACCAUCAACUGUACAGAUCAAUGCAACUAGGAAUGUGUUGCGGUCAAUGACUAAAGCAAAGCAAAAGGUUGAAAAUGUUCUUUCAGCCAAAGACCAAUCUGAUUUUGGAAAAAAAGUUGUUUCUGGGACUGUUUCAGGAGAACACGAAUCCACAGAAGUUGGCCAAGUGAUGCAGGAUGAAGGAAGUGAUAGCCUUUCUAAAGCAGAGAGAAACUUCUCCCAGAGAGUCACCAAAAAAUUGGUCCUGAAUAGUUCUGGGUCUUUGGAACCCUCCUAUGUGAUCUCGUCCCCAGAGCAACCUGUAAGGACUUCUGCUGUAGCAGCCUUCCAACUUCUGGAACCCCAUGUGGUAAAUGGUAGAGUUUUAACAGCCCUUCUGCUGAGCCAGAGAGUUGCCAAAUCACCAAAGGAAGGAACUCCCCUACUGGCCAAAAAGAUAGCUGGAGUGUGGCAGUUCUUCCUGGAGGCUCUUUGAGUGAAAAUACUCCAAAGAAAGAAAACCAAGAGUCAUACAACAUGGAAAACACCAGAUUUUCUUCAUCAAAAUUCCUGAGAGAUUCCACAGUAAGACGUUCAGUGAGAAAGAAAGAAAAUCUUGUUAGCUAUCAAGAGCCUCGACUCAAUUGCAAAUUGAGGCGUGGAGACCCAUUCACAGAUGCACUGUUUCUUCAUUCUUCAAUAAGCAGAAGAAAGGGAAUAAUGAAAAGCAGU